UUUGCUGUCAUAUUUACAAUGUUGGCUGGCGCGCGUUUUGUUUAUUUACAGUUGAAAGCUACUCGUGGGAUAAUUGGUUUGUUAAAGAUUCUUUCCGGGACACCAUGGCUGCAAUUGUUGCCGAAGUGAAGCAUCGCCGAGCUGCAAACAACACCGUCUAUCACGCCUUGUAUGGCUUUUAUUUCCUCGGACUCUCAAAGGCGGAACUGGCCAGACUGUACGGGAAGCACAAAACUACUGUUCGGCUUUGGAUCCAGCAGUACGAGGAGAAUGGAUUUUUCGACCGGAAGCAUUACACGAUGAUUGCAAAGAAGUUCGGGAAGGAGAAAGUAACGUGGCUCAUCGAGCUGUACAAGCGCCAACCUCUUCUUUAUUUGGAAGAAGCCAGACAGCUCUUCAACCAAAAAUUCCACGUGACGAUUUCAGCCUCAUCUAUUUGUCGUAUUUUGCGCAGUGAAGGUCUCACAUGGAAGUGUUUGGAACGCCGAGCCAUUCAAAUUAAAGAGAGGGACGUUUACCGAUUCUUUGUCGAAUUAAACUCCCUCGACUGGUUGUACAUCAAUUUGUUGUUCUUGGACGAGGUUGCAUUUGAUAACAAAGGAAUGCUGCGUAGGAAGGGGUAUGCACUUAAGGGGGAGAGACUUGUAGUGCAUGGAGAGUUUGUCCGGAAGCCACGCGUUUCAUGUCUGUGUAUGAUCGGCCAGGGAGGAUUGGUUGAAUGCGCUUACACAGAAGGCACGUUUACACGUUUAAAGUUUUUUGAGCAUAUUCGCCGAUUUGCGCUUCACAGCGAAGAGGUUCAGACGUAUCCUGGCCGUCAUUCCAUCUGGAUCAUGGAUGGGGCCAGGAUACACUGUGACCAAUAUAUCAUAUACUACCUUAGAUCAUUGGGCAUCUACCCAAUAUUCUUACCUGCCUACUGCCCCCAUUAUAACCCCAUCGAGAUUGUGUUUGGUAUCAUCAAGAAGAGAAUGCAGAAGACGUACAGUGAAAAUGGAGAGAGCAAUAUGGAAAAGUAUGUGGCUAAAACUAUGCAAGAGUUCCGUUAUUUCAGAAUGGACAGAUUGUUCAGGAAGUGCGGGUAUCUGCAGGGAAAAUUUGACCCAACAAUUAACGUUCCUUAA